AAAUGACGUUUCUGAUAUUUUUUUUAUUACUAAAUUUUAAUGAAAGUUUGAUCGAUAAUCGCACAAAUUUGUAAUAAGAUUUUGAAGUUGAAAUGGAGACGGCAAUCGUAACCGAAAAAAGACCAUUAAAAGGGAAAUUAUCCCUUAACAAAUCCCCAAAAUCGGAAACCUCCGAAAUCACGGUAAAAGAAUUUUUGGAUUUCCUAAAAACCGCUUAUCAAGUCCAAGAGAACAUCGAGGGCAUCUUAAAGAACGAAGGGCACACGGAAAUCGUCGAUUGGUUAGAAUUGAAACAAAAUAACUUGAUUAAACCGAAAGAUAUCGCAAUACAAACGUCAGAUAUAAAAGUAAACGCCACCGAAAAGAAACAGCCCCUACAGUAUUUCGAAAUUUGCAACAACGAAUCGGUCGAAAUCAAACGGAAAUUAAGCGAAAUAUUAUCAGAAGGAAUCUUUGAUAGCGUACUAUCGUUUUUGGUGCCUCAAAAUAUAUCCAACAUCCAACGAAGAUCAUCGAUCGCCAAGAUGCAAGGAUGCUCGGUUAAUUUUAACCAAGAAUUCGAAAAAAAUCCCGAGAAAUUAUCAAAAAGCAAAUCGAUGGACACCUUAAGUUUAACCUCAAAAUUAAUUUUAACACCAAUUAAAGCCGAUUCGGAAGUCGAAAUUCACGUCCACGACGAAAUCAAAAACGUCAAAAAGGAUUUUGUGUGUAACCAAAAACUUUUAGUACAACAAAUGGGGUACUUCGCUGACGUCACGGCCGGUCAAAAAUUAGAAGACAUGGAUAUUAGCGUGCAUUGCGAUAUCGGAAUUUUCGAGUGGUUGAUGAAUUGGGUGAAAAACGAUAAAGACAAACCGAAAUUGGACGCGAAUUGUGCCGUACCAGUGUUGGUUUCGGCCGCUUUUUUGCAAAUGGAACCUUUAACCGACGAAUGUUUAAGGUUUUGUCACGAGAAUAUGAACGAAAUUUUGAGGUCGAAUACGAGCAUGUCGUGUUUAAACGAUACGGUACUCUCGCGAUUAGCCGCUAUGUACACAAACGCCGAAGUUGAAGACAUCAAAGAUCGGAAAGAUAAGAUCCAAUCGAAAUUGUAUUGUAAAUUAAUCCAAGCGAUUUGCGAGCCGGAAGCUGAGAGUUUAAGAGGACAUUUUUGCACGAUGGGGAGAGUCUAUAAAUGCAAGUAA